AAUAAACCAAUUACAAUGUUUUACCUAAUCGUGCUAUCGUUGCUUGCGAGUGUGCUAUCUGCGAGAGAACCGAAGCAGAUAAAUAUAGCAAAUCAAGGGACGAUAGCCGGGAUGUACAUCACUCGGUUCCGGACCAAAAGAAUAGCAGCGUACCUCGGAAUACCUUACGCUCAGCCUCCGCUAGAAUUCCGCAGGUUCAGCCCACCGGAGUACACAGAUCUACCGCAAUGGGAAGGGGUCAGGAACGCGACCCUGUUCGCUCCAGAUUGCAUGCAGAGCGAUCCCAAAAAGGAGGACGUACAGAACCCUUUGAGUAGACACGAUGAAUUAUUUACUAAGUUACUAGAGUCGCAAAUGGAGGAGCCUAGGAAGAAGGAGUAUUCAGAGGAUUGUCUGUAUUUGAACGUGUAUGUUCCAGAUGAUGUGAAAGUAGAAGGUUACCCCACGAUGGUUUGGUUUCAUGGAGGUAAUUUCGUUCGGGGAAGUCCAAAUUACAUAAAUCCAUUUCACCUUGUACUCAAACAAAAGGUAAUAUUUGUUUCAGUGGCGUACCGCUUGAAUAUAUUCGGAUUUUUCUCCACGCUAGAUAACGAGGCGCCCGGCAAUUUUGGCUUAUUAGACCAGGUCGCUGCAUUAACUUGGGUUAAGAAUAACAUUGAAAGUUUCGGAGGAGAUCCCGAAAAUGUCUGCAUAUUUGGUCACGACGCCGGUGCUGUCAGCGUUGGACUUCAUUUGAUUUCGUCUUAUUCAUCUGGACUUUUCCAAAAAGCCAUUGCUAUGAGUGGCAAUGUGCUCUCUCCCGAUACAGUAAACAUCGCAAGAAAAGAAGUCAUUACAGUCGACAAAGUUGCGAACGCAUUUAGUUGCUUUCGAAAACCAACUUACCAAUUACUAGAUUGUCUUAGACGGGUUAAUUACCAAGCUCUAUUGGAUAUCGGCGAACCACUAGCUGAAUGGAAACCUCUAGUCGAUAACGGUUUCAGUAAUAUAUCUCUUCCAUUUCUCACAGAUCUUCCAAGCAAAAUGUUCAAAGACGAAAUCUUCAGUCCCGUACCAAUUUUGACUGGCUUUACUAAUAUGGAAGAUGCUUUACUGCUGGAUAAAGAUGGUAAUGAAGAUUCAGGACUAAGUCAAAGGGAGUUUGAUGUCAUGCGAGAAGAAGUCAUUCUUUCUGACAUAACAGUAGAUAAUAGUUCGUGUUUUACAAACCAACAUCACAUACAGGAAGCGGUUGCAUUUUUCUACAAACCAAUUCCACCAACCAAAAACGAGACUAUUUUGAGAAAACUAUUUCUUGAGUUUUACACUGACAAAGUAUAUGGGGCCACGACUUACCAGCUUGCUAAAUAUAUGAAUAAGCAUUCUCCAGUAUAUCUAUAUCGUUUUGAUUUGAAGCCCUUUUCGGAUGUAGCUAACGACGGGAUUCCGGAUUGGGUGGCAGUCCCUCAUAAUUUCGAUUUAAUUUUUACAUUUGGCUUACCGCAUUUAGCACAGCCGGAAGACUUGACGAAAUGGGACUACAGAGAUAAAAGCAUUUCAGAAAUUGUUAUGAAAAUGUGGUCGAACUUCGCUUGGUAUUCCAAUCCCACGAAUUCGGGCGUGAUUAUCCAAUGGGAUCCUUUUGAAGAAGAGAAGCCAGGUUUCUUUAUAAUAGACAGGCAAAACUUUACAAUGAGCACAGCACAGACGGUAAAUUAUAAGGCAUUUGAAUUUUGGACGGAUUUUUAUCCCAAGGUUGUAGAAAUAGGGACAAAAUGCUGUAAAGAGAUGUUUACUUGGAAGAUUGUGUGUUUACUUGUGACGGUAAAUUUGGUGGCGGGUCAACGACCUACCUUCGCAGGAUUCAGGCCAAUCGGCUUUCCAGAACUACAGAACAAAACAAGUGAAGAUGGACUCGGAAACAGAUUUGGCGAUGACGGAACACCGCUACCUUUACCCAUAGAAGCCAAAGGUGAUGUAGAACUAAUAAAACGCAUCAGCAAACUCCCAGUCGAUAAGCAGCCGUUCUGGUACAUCAAUUGGAAGGCUCUAGAAGAAAGCCGUCGUAACCCACAAACGUACGACCAAAGACCUAAUCCAUUCAUACCUUCCGACACAUCUUCCAAUGCGAAUAUUCCUGAGAAUAACCCUUCCAAUGAGAAUAUCCCUUUGAAUAACCCUUCCAAUGCGAAUGUCAACAUUCAGCCAAAUAAUGCGUCGAACGAUUUGACAUCUAAAUUUGGUACUGUUAACGAUACUCAGCUUAAACCAGAACAAGCUAAGCCAGUUCAAGCACAACAGACAGGCUCUUAUAAACAGUAUAGGUACAGAUCGUAUAGAGGUUAUUAAUUUGACGUCAAAUAUUCAGUUAUGCAUGUAAUUAACUCUAUUAGGUGUUAUGUGGUAAACGAACAAUGUCCUUUUAAUCGCAUUACGUAAUUUUUAUUAGUGAUGUCCGUCUAUUGUAAACAAUAUAAAUUUACCUUGUACUGAUUUAUCUCGGUACAUAAUACAGGAGUUGUAUUCCAAAGGAUUGUUUUUAUUGUGUGUAUGUUCUUUGUAGCCUUUUUAUACAAUUGGCUUGUAUUUUUUAUAAGAAAUAAAAUUAUAAAAGAUA